AUGGCGUCUUCUGAAAAUGAGGGCGACGCGUUCAACAAUCUCUUGGACGAUUUGGUAUGUCACAUACUGUCCUUUUUGCCAACAAAAAUGGCUUACAGAACAUCUGUUCUAUCUAAAAGAUGGGCAUUGAUUUGCACCAAGAUCCUCGACUUUCACUUUGUCUUACCAAAGAUUUCAGACCCUACGUCGUCCCGAGAAAUUCAAUCUGUAUAUGCAAUUUUCUUGAGACGCGAGAAUGAUAUAAGAAAACUAAUGCUCGAGAGUGACAAUGGCUGCCAACAACCUGAUGUAUACCACUGGGUCUUAAAGGCAUUAGAUCUCAAGGUCAAGGAACUACAUUUGGAUUUGAAUCAUGCUCGACCUAGUUUCUUGCCACUCAAGCUUUCUACAUCUGAGUCACUCGUUGUCUUGAAACUGGGAGGGAAUAUUCAACCGAAAUUCAGUUAUUGCUCUAAAGUGUAUUUUCCGAAACUAAAGACUCUUCAUCUACUAUUUCUUGGUAUCAAGUGUUUCCGGCAUCAAGUUGAGUUUACUCUCUUUCCUUUUCUAUCUGGUUGUCCGCUUCUUGAGGAAUUUCUUUUACACGACGUCCUCGUGAAUCAAUCCAUCAAAAUCUCUUUUCCGUUACUGAAGAGAUUAAUUCUUAUUUUGCGUAAGUCUCUUGAUGUUCCCGGUGACAAAACACUUCAAAUUAAUGUCCCAUCCUCACUUGAAGUUUUCCGUAUUUUUGAUAAUGGUAGUACUCCCAUCAAAUAUGAGUCUAUAGAUUUCUUCAAUGUUGAUGAAGCUACCAUUUACAUCAAUAAGCAUCCAGAUUUUGAUAGUUUGUAUCAACUCUUGAAAGGAAUUUCUAAAGUCAAAUCAUUGUAUCUUGUUUCUCAGCAUGGAGGAUAA